AUGACGAAGGCGCGGGAGAGGAAGCUCUCGCCUGCUGAGGACGACGGAGGCGCUCGCCAGCGGAGGACAAGGGAGGCGAUGAAGGCGCGGGAGAGGAGGCGCUCACCUGCGCGCGGCGAGUGGAGGUGCGAUUGGAGGGAGGCGGCGGGGCGAUUUGAGGGAGGCGGGGGAGGCGGCCGGAGUCGUCAUCGGCUCGUCACUGCUGUGCUGUGGCCUGUGUGGAAGUGGAGUGGGGCGGCUGUGCAAAAUGAGAGGAGGGAGGAUGGGGGAGGAUGA